UUUCAGUGUCCUCAGGCUACAUCUAUAUCUAUAUAUAUAUUGAUCAUUUGGGAAAUGAGAAAGUGACCAGAGAGAGUUAAAACUUAUAAAGGACGUCUACUCGUCUCUGUUGUUGGCUCCUUAAUCCCUUUGUUUCAAUUCGACCUUUCCAACGGGCGGCCUUGGCCUUUCCCUCUAUCAUCUCUGUUUCAUAAUAUUCUCCCUAAUCUCCAUUUUCUACCCAUUUGUUUCUUUAUCAUCUUUCUUCUCCGUGCUUGUUUUGCUAUAAAUAGCCUCUUAUUAGAAUGUCUCUGAUAAAAACAAUGGAAUCAACUGGUUUAGGUCAUGUUCUGCACCCUUCAAUGAAUACAAAAGAAGAAGCAAGUGGGGCUUUUGUUUUUGACUCAUCUAAAUUGCAGAAAGAGCCAAACUUGCCAACUGAGUAUGUCUGGCCUGAUAGAGACUUGGUCAGCAGAAGCCAAGAUGAGCUUAAAGAACCUUUAGUAGACUUAGAUGGAUUCUUGAAAGGUGAUGAGGAGAAGACUGCUCAUGCUGCUGAGCUUAUUAGGAUUGCUUGCUUAAACCAUGGCUUUUUUCAAGUCACCAACCAUGGAGUCGACGCUGGCCUUAUUGAAGCCGCUUAUCACGAAAUCGACACAAUCUUUAAACUCCCUCUUGAUAAGAAGCUAAGUAUUCGUAGAAGGCCCGGCGAUGUAUAUGGGUAUUCCGGUGCCCAUGCCGAUCGGUACUCGUCUAAGUUGCCGUGGAAAGAGACACUCUCUUUCCCGUACCAUGGGAAUAACAGUGAGCCAAUUGUCGUUGAUUAUUUCAAACGUGUCUUGGGUGAAGAUUUUGAACAACCAGGGUGGGUUUACCAAAGGUACUGUGAAGAAAUGAGGAAGUUAUCUCUAGUAAUUUUUGAAUUGCUGGGCAUUAGCUUGGGAGUAGAUCGGUUUCACUACAGUAAAUUUUUUGAAGACGCUAAGUCAAUAAUGAGGUUCAAUUACUAUCCACGUUGCAACAAUGCCGGUCUCACUCUGGGAACUGGUCCUCAUCACGACCCAACAUCCUUAACAAUACUUCACCAGGAUGAUGUUGGCGGUCUUGAAGUAUUUGCAGACAACAAAUGGCAAUUGAUCCGUCCUCGUCCAGAUGCACUAGUCAUAAACCUUGGUGAUACUUUCAUGGCACUAUCGAAUGGAAGAUACAAGAGUUGCCUGCACAGAGCAGUGGUGAAUAGAGAGAGACAAAGAAGAUCAUUGGUUUUUUUUGUGAACCCAAAAGAGGACAAAAUUGUGAGACCACCACGAGAUCUUGUUUGCAGAGAAGCGCCAAGGAAGUACCCUGAUUUCACAUGGUCUCAUUUAUAUGAGUUUACACAGAAGCAUUAUAGAGCUGAUGUUGAUACACUCCAAAGCUUCAUCCCAUGGCUUCUCUCCUCCAAAUCUUCAUCUAACUUCUAGUACUUCUUUUGUGUGCUUUUGAUAAUUGUUUUCCCUUUUUAAUCUAUUCUACUCUUCUAUGUCUCUCUUCUCUUUAUUUUCUCAAUUGGGUAUUUUGUGUGUUUUAUGUGUAUGUAUCUAGGGGCAGAAUUGGAACUUCAAUAUUAGAGAGAUUAAAAAUAGAAAUGAGCAUAAUUGG